AUGCCGGAAAUCAAAUGUACGACACCAAACCUGGCAAAGCUGGGAGCAUGGGGCAAUGCCAGUUUGAAACGGAGCUUGAAAGCGGUCGAUCUCAGAUCCCACCAGGCCCACCAUCCGAGCAGCGACGCUGCCUAUUACUUACCAUCUCGCACCCACUCCGACGUUUCCCUCCACUCCCCACCUCCAACCGCCUGUGCCAUGGGACGCGUUCUCCUGAAGGUUAUCAUCCUCGGUGAUAGUGGGGUCGGUAAGACUUCACUUAUGAACCAGUAUGUAAACAAGCGGUUCAGCAACCAGUACAAGGCAACCAUCGGGGCGGAUUUCUUGACCAAGGAGGUGAUGGUGGAUGACAGGCUGCUAUGGGAUACCGCUGGUCAGGAGCGAUUCCAGUCGCUUGGCGUCGCGUUCUACCGUGGCGCUGACUGCUGCGUACUCGUAUACGACGUCAACAGCUCGAAAUCCUUCGAGACUCUCGACAGCUGGCGCGAUGAAUUCCUCAUCCAGGCUAGCCCACAUGACCCGGAGAACUUCCCAUUUGUUGUGCUGGGAAACAAGAUUGACAUGGAGGAGAACAAGCGACAGGUCACCCAGAAGCGCGCUAUGACUUGGUGUCAGUCGAAAGGCAACAUCCCUUACUUUGAAACAUCAGCGAAGGAGGCUAUCAACGUGGAGCAGGCCUUCCAGACGGUAGCGAAGAAUGCUCUGCAGCAGGAGGCUGAGGAACAGCUAUACGUCGACUAUCCGGACCCCAUCAGGAUUGAUUCUGAAAGCACGCGGAGCUUUGGGUGCUGUUCGUGA